UCUUUAUUUCAGUGCAGGGACAAGGAGCUGGGGCAGCAUGUGGGACUGGCACUGGGCCAGCCACACGGAGGAACAGUUGGGUAAGCCACAUGGCUGCAGGGUGCAGCACCAACCUUUUGCAACAGCAGGCGGGCACUGAUUUCCAUACAGCUCAAGGAUGACAGAACCCAGGGCCUCGAGGCAGCAAUGGAAAUCUCUCCAUUCACUCCUUUUGCAUUAGCAGCACACAGGAGAAAAAAAAGCUUUUAGAAACACAAAUUUUACCCCCACUGCAUCCCUUUCUAAAUGCUCAUCCCCUUGAAAUUUCUCCUACUGCAUUCUUGUUUAAACUGACCCAUUAUGGCUCACUGGUAACUGAGGUGACUGUUGUGAACAUAAACUGUAAUUACCGGUGUCUAACUCCAUAGAGGCUGUGGGGAGAGAAGAACAAAGGACAAAAUGACAAUGAAAUUCUUUGUUUUGCUCUGUAGCAUGAACCAGCCCAUAGUCAAAGGCUGAGUGUGGCUGACUCCCAGGAGAAAGGAGCAUGACACAGAUUUAUCAUUAAUCUUCACACCCCGAACUGUAAUUAAAGCACCUGCCCAGAAAUUAAUAGGCACAAAACCUGAUUUACAAGCAAAGGAGAUUAAAAGAUAAAGGCGGUUUCCACUCCCAUUAUUUGCAGCUCAGCACUGUUCAUGGCUCACCCAGAAAGCUGUACCCCAAGUCCCACCACAGCUGCGAUCAGCUCGCAGGGCCAGCCGGCUCCAUCCACAUACCAAGGAACCUACGUGCAUUUGCAAAGAAAAGCUUUUGGAGUUUCAGUUUAGAUUUUGAGAUCAAAGCUGUGCUCCAUGCAGCAAUUUUGGCAGUUCCUGCAGAGCAGGCAGGGUGAUCUCCCUGUGCUGGCAAUUCAUCCCAGCAGCUUUUCUGGAUUUUGGGGACGUGUCUCAUCACUGGUGGGAGCACACCCCUCACUGGGGGAUGCAGCGUGGCUCCUACAGGCUGCUGUCCUGGCACAGAGCAUGUUUGGCAGUGGGGCUCUUAGUGGAGGUCCGGGACUGCCACACACACAGUGCUCUCCAGCACUGCACUGCUGCAGAAACCAGGGCCAGCACAAAGAGAUGGGGUAAGGCUAGAGCCAAAGCCAGGCUGGGGAGUAAGAAGUACUCAAGACAAAGAUCUCAGCUGGACCACAGACAUUGACUUAGCGCAGGUUUGCUCUGGGCAGAGGAGAAUGUGGGCGUUACUUGAAGGUUUGCCUGUGCUGAAGAGAUCAUCCUGAGAGCACUGAGUUGAACCCUGGGGACACCGUGACAAAGAGGCUGGGAAAAAGGGAUGGAGCCUCUGGUCUCUGUGACAGGCUGGUACUGGAGCCAAGGGACAGGGAGCAGAGGAGAAAGCGAGGCAUCAGUCUACAGAGGAAGUGGAAAGCAAAAAGGCAGAGACAGACAGGAACGUGCUGCGAUCUCCAGUUCAUGGGCUGCACUCAGCCCCAAACACAUGGCUUGUCUCACACAAACCACAGCACUGCAUAGCAGCCAUUACACCCCUCUGCUCGAUCCACAAGAGUGGAUCCAUCCCAAAGGCAAGAAGCAAAACCUGACAGAGUUCAUGGUGACAGGUUCCUGCUCCUCUCGAAAACCCAGCCAGACUGGCAUCAUUCCCCACAGGCUCAGCCAGCUCUCAGGCACAAAAACAGCAGUUCCCGCCCCUUCGCCUGAGACCAGGAAAGGGCUUCUCACACACUGCCCUAACCUGCUAUGCUCGGGUCCCAUCCUCAUUCCCAUGUGUUCCAACCUUGGUCCCACCAGCAUCCCCUGGGGAGAAUGGGGGUCACAUCCAGACCAGACUGGGGGCUCCAGAAUUUCCCCCUCGCAUUCUAUCCAGGCAUCCAUUGCUCCCGUCCUGCAGGCAAAUCCCAUCCUCUCCACAGCCAGCCUCUGCACAGCUGCAUCGCAGAUCUGAAACAUACCAACGUGCUUUUUCCACUGACUCAUUCUCGGCUUUUCCUUCCUUUCUUUUUUUUUUUUUUUUUUUAAAGGCACAACCUCAGUCUUGUACCCAGCAGAAGCCACGCGCCUGCUCAUCGCCCCACCCAGGCACAGGCCCCAAGAACAGCCUCCUCCCUCCUCCCAAAAGCUGACAGCCCAGGGCACACUGCAAAGGAAGCUGCCGAACUUGAAUACUGCUUUACCCACUUUUGCUUUGCCCACCCACCUGGCCUCAGCCGGACCCUCCCUGCUGCUCAUCCCCUUGCUGCUGGGAGAGCCCCACUCCUGGAGCCCAAGCGAAAACAGCAAGAGAAAGCUCCAGAAGGAUUUCAACAGCUUUCCAAGCCUGGGAGAUCAAUAAGUGUCCAGCGGCAACACCAGUGGUCAUCACUUCUGUGGGAUGUGACUAAAGCCAAACAAAAGACUAUGAAUGUGCUAAUGAGAAUGGUAGAAAUGAUCGUCCUCUCGGUAAUCUUUGCUACAGAAAUGCUCUUGGACAGUUUAGUGGAAAACUGAGGAGUCUGAAGUUUCCCACAUCACUUAAGCUGCAUCCAUCCUCAAUCCAUUCUGAAGUAUCCCUGGUAGGAGCAGGCAGCUCCAGAGGCUGGAUCACCAGCUCUCAGUGACUGCAGUGAAGGUGUUGUGCUCCCUUUCAUUUCAGUCAUCCCAAGGCCAUUUCACUCCUUACUGUCGUGUCCCAACACAGCCCCCCACUGCAGUAGGCACCUCCUCUCAUCCCCCAUCUCCAGGAUAAGAUGGCUGCUCUUAUCGCUGAAAACUUCCGCUUCCUCUCCUUGUUCUUCAAGAGCAAAGAUGUGAUGAUCUUUAAUGGCCUGGUUGCGCUGGGCACAGUGGGCAGCGAGGAGCUCUUCUCAGUUGUUGCCUUCCAUUGCCCCUGCUCCCCAGCCCGCAACUACAUCUACGGGCUGGCUGCCAUCGGUGUCCCAGCCCUGGCACUAUUCCUCAUCGGCGUCAUCUUGAACAACCACACCUGGAACGUAGUGGCUGAGUGCCACAAGCGUGGCACCAAGAACUUCUCCACUGCCGCCACCUUCCUCCUCUUCGGUUCUAUCAUGGGCCGGGCAGCUGUGGCACCCGUCACCUGGUCGGUCAUCUCCUUGCUGCGUGGGGAGGCUUACAUCUGUGCCCUCAGCGAGUUUGUCAGGCCAUCCACCCUGGACAAGUUCCCAUCUGAGUUUGGGGCUGAGGUGCUGGCGAGAUUCCCCUGCAAAGACGUGCCAGCAAACCUCACCAAGUUCAGGGAUGAGGUGACACGGAGGCUGAGAUAUGAAUCCCAGCUCUUUGGCUGGCUGCUCAUUGGGAUCGUUGCCGUCCUGGUUUUCCUCACCAAGUGCCUGAAGCACUGCUGCUCACCGCUGAGCUACCGGCAGGAGGCCUACUGGGCCCAGUACCGCUCCAACGAGGACAAGCUUUUCCGCCGCACGGCUGAAGUGCACUCCAGGAUCCUGGCAGCAAAGAAUGUGAAGCAAUUCUUUGGAUUUGUGGCACUUGAUAAGGAGGAGAAGGAGCUGGUGCAGGAGUUCCCAGUGGAGGGCGUCCAGCCAAGCCCCCAGUGGAACGCCAUCACGGGUGUCUACAUCUACCGGGAGAACAAGGGCUUUCCCCUCUAUAGCCGGCUCCACAAAUGGGCAAAAGGGGUGGAAGGGAAUGGGCCAACCCCAGAGGGCCAUGAAAUGCUCUUUUUGGCUUCCUAAGACAGACAGGUGUUGGAAGCAGUUCCCCAGUCUGCCUGGCAGGCCUAUCAGUAUUGGUGUGCAGCUCAUGGAUUCGCUGGGAAUAUUCCUGUCAGCAGGAUUACUACUCUCAGCAGGUAAAAAGGAAUCAACAGCCUCAAGGUAGAGGCUGAUAAGCAAUGCACUGAGCUGGGGAACCCCUCCCUUGGAGACAACCAUCUUGCUGGUGCUCCCAGAGGGAUAAGGGGAGCAAAGCAGAUGCACACCUUACCUCCAGGCUGCUGGUGAGCCCUGCUGUCUUAAGCACCAUCAGAAACCUCAGGGAGGAAGAGCUGGGAACAUUUUUAGCUCUGACUCUUGCAGUCCCACCUGUAUCCCCUGUGGCAGGGCUAGUCCCAGCCAUCCUACACACCCACACUUUUAUCAACACCAGUAUUUUCUUAUGCAGUUCUGCAGUGCCUGUUACACUGACAGAUCCUGAAGAACUUUACAGACUUCAGAGGGAAAGAAAAGCAGUGAGCACAUUCCUGUAGCAACAAGGAUACAAUAGGAUCUGGGAAGGAGUAGGUCAGUACUACAUCAGCACACCAAAUAACUGAGAGACUAAGGCAGGAGGAAUCACCAAUAUUGUAGGCAUUCAGAAGGACACUCUGUAAUUACCAAGUUGAAAUUUGGGUAGGACACUAAACUCCUUUUGUUCUUAUAGAAGCGUCUGGCAACCUCUAAUGAGCCCAAAUGGUCGCAGCCAUGAGAAUAUAAACCUGGAAGGUGACACCAUCAGCAGAAUAGCUUUCAGGGGAGGUGGCACAGUGGAGGCUCAAAGGGAGCAUAGCACCCACAGUGAACCACAGCACCGUGUGCAGCUCAUUGCAUUGCUCAUCCACCAUUGGAUGAGAGUCCUGCUUGUUUUGGUUGACAGGUUGGAACAAAACCCUAGCAAGAAUUACAUACAUAUAAUUAUGUUAUACACACACACACUAUAUAUAUACUUAUAAUCAUACUUUACUGUAUUAACGGAGCAUAUUUCUUCCAGAGAAAGGGGGCAAGAAACUUGCCAGCCAAAAGACCAUGUUACAUGCACUCAUCUGCUCUAUUGUUACUGCAGCAAAAGAGACUGUGGGAAUGGGAUGAGGGGAGCAACCCUCUCUACUCCUCCACCACUGAACUAAAUUCUUACCACUGCUUUAAACAGUCCCUGCAGCAAACUGUCUGUUUUAGGGACUCAGCAGUACUGAGAGCAAGGCCAGAGAGGUAUUAUACUACUGCAAUUGCUGACACUGUGCUGACUGUUUUGGCACUGUGCCCCUUUCUGCCUGAGAGUCAGACCUAUAUAUCUAUAUAGGCAGGACAACAGAGUUUGGUUUUCCUACCUGUAUAGUUCCUCUACACAACUUCCAUUUACACUGUGCCUUUUACUGAAAAGCCUUGAACUGUUUAAAAAAAAAAAAAAAGCUCACUGAACUCAGAGAGGCUUCAACACAAGGAGAUUUGAAAUAAACUAUUAAAUGAGUUCUUUUUCAUUGCCUUUUGACAUUUUUAAGGGGGUCAUAGAAGGCCUGUUUUAAUAUUCCCUUUGAAGCCAAGAACCGGGAACUUAUAUUUUCUUUCUAUUAAAUAUUUACAUUCUUUUCUGUUCAGGUAACACCAAGACAUUGUGUUUUAAAGUAUCAUCACAUAUUAUAAAAUAGUGGAGGAGGCAUCCCAGGACCCACGAUCAGUUCUGCCAUAAUUUGCCUUUCAUCUGUGGGAAGGCCCAGCUACCAGCUGACCUAAGCUUCAGGAAUGAUCAUACGCAAGUUAAGAAAAAACAAAACUGCAUUCAUUUGAGAUAAAAAAGUUAAUUUGCAUUUCUCCUCAUAGGCCCUCGGGGGUGAACAUGCAUAUGCGCUUGCCACCUCCGCAUGCAAGUCAGCAGAUGCAAGGUAACUUGCUGAAACAGUAGCAUGAGCAUAUUCCUCUUACUUCCCUUUGUGACAGCCCCCAUUCCUUUGAACCACCUCCACUUCCUUCUCCUCCUCUCCCCUCCUUUUGAAGGAGAGUGCAAGACACAAUGCUUGCUAAAGGAUUUGUUUAUCGUAAGAAUACACCAUGUGUACAGCCCAGCCUUUGCUUCAUUUAGCUUUUCUCUUCUCCAUUAACUCCAGCUGCUUUCCAUGCCUUGUGAUGGGCCAGAGACUUAUGCAGCUUGCCCAUCUUCCCAUCUUCCUGGAGAGGCAGAUUUGGGCCAGCAGCUGACAGCAAGGAGCAGAGCAAACCACUGCUGUUGGAAAUACUGCACUGUAGUAUUUCUCUAAUAUGUAGCAAAUCUCAAACAAUGCAAUUGUAAGGAUUUUUUUUCCUGUUUUUCCUCCCUUCUUCCACAGCCCUGAGCAUGGUCCCCAAUAAUGCGGCUCUGGGCUUCUGGCCCUUGUAGCCCAACAGUGCCCUUGUGAAUCAUAGAAUCAUUUGAGCUGGAAGUGGACCUUAAUGGUCAUCUCAUUCAACUCCCCUGCAAUGAAUAGAGUUAUCUAUAACCCUGCCAAGGUAGUCACUCACCCUUCCCCACUGAGGGUGAGGUGAGGUCAGCAGAAGGAAGAAAGUACCGAAGGAGGAAAGGAGUCAGGGUGAGAGCUACCAAUGUGUGGGAAAUGCUGGGAGCAAAGAGACAAGGAAAAGCGUUUGAGGAAGAAGUAGACUUGAUUAACUUCUGCAAAAAUACUCAAAGUAGGACAUUAAGUCACAUAGCUUUUUCACUCAGUGUAAGCAAGAAAAAUACCAAAAGGGAAGCCAAGGCGCCUGUCUUCCCCUGGCAUGCUGGAUCACGAAGGCUGAGCUCACGUGCUCUGUGCUCCUCCUGCAGAGGCUGAAAGCAAUGCCAACAAAGAGCAGCCUACAGGCUGUCAGUUAGGGCACGCUUUCCAAUACACAGAAUUACACACAGCCCUUUCAUUUUCCCUGCUUACUACUGUAUAGACUAUAAUAGCCCCUAUAAUCAUAAAGAAAUACUUCAAAGGGAUCUUGGUUUCAAUUCAGACACUUAUUUACGUACUCUAUUACGUAACUAAUUCGUUUGGGGGUAAAAAUUAAAGGAAAACCACCAUUACUGCAGUUGCACUGUUUAAAAAAAAAAAA